AUGGCCCCCGCCAUGCAGCCGGCCGAGAUCCAGUUUGCCCAGCGGCUAGCGUCCAACGAGAAGGGGAUCCGGGACCGGGCAGUUAAAAAGCUGCGCCAGUACAUCAGCGUGAAGACGCAGAGGGAGACAGGAGGCUUCAGCCAAGAAGAACUUUUAAAAAUAUGGAAAGGGCUCUUUUAUUGUAUGUGGGUGCAAGAUGAACCUCUCCUACAGGAGGAGCUAGCAAACACGAUAUCCCAGCUCAUCCAUGUUGUUAACAACUCAGAGGCGCAGCACCUGUUCAUUCAGACCUUUUGGCAAACCGUGAAUCGAGAGUGGGAGGGGAUUGACAGGCUGCGCCUGGACAAAUACUGCAUGCUGACCCGUCUAGUUCUAAGGCAGUCCUUUGAAGUGCUGAAGCGAAAUGGCUGGGAAGAAAGCCAAAUCAAGCUUUUUCUAGAUGUCUUAAUGAAGGAGAUCUUGCAUCCUGAGAGCCAGUCUCCAAAUGGAGUGAAGUUCCAUUUCAUUGAUAUUUACCUGGAUGAACUGUCCAAAGUGGGAGGGAAAGAGCUUCUCGGCAAUCAGAAUCUCAAGUUUAUUGAUCCAUUCUGCAAAAUUGCUGCCAAGACUAAGGACCAUACAUUGGUCCAGAGGAUAGCUAGGGGUGUUUUUGAAGUCAUUGUGGAUCAGUCUUCUUUUGUACCUGAAGAGAUGGUGGAGGAACAGAGAACCAAAGUGGGUGAUGGCGAGUUCUCUGAAGAAGAGAUCUCUGAGAAUGAGAUGAUGUGGAGAAAAACAAUCAGCAAAAAGAAGACAGCCCUAGGCAAGCAUCACUCAAGAAAAGAUGGCAUCAGCAACGAGGAGAGAGACAGCUGUGGCACCUGUGAAGACCCUGGGCCACUGCUCCAGUUUGAUUAUAAGGCUGUUGCUGAUCGACUCCUGGAAAUAACCAACAGGAAAAACAUCCCUCCCUUCAACAAGAAAUGUCUCUCUAAACUAAUCAAAAAAUUCCAAGAUCUUUCUGAAGUAGGCAGUACAACUCAGCUUGGUUUUAUGGAGGACAUUUCUGCUAAUGAAGAUGGCCAUCCUAUCAGUCAAGGAAAGAAGAAAAAAGGAAAUAAACCUUCAGAGAAAACCCACUUGGGAAAACAGAAAGGAAACAAGUUCUUUCAUAAAGAGGAAGAAGAAAAUGAAGGCAGUACUCAGAAGAGGAAAAGGAAAAAGAAAAAGAAGAACCAUCUCCAGACUGAAAAUUUAGGCUCAGGAGACAAAGCCACGUCCUCAGAUCUGAAUGGGUGCAGCACACCAGAGGAAAAUGAAAAAAUAGACAACAAUGGUGCAAGUGUAGUUGAGAUGGGAACAGAUGUCUUCUCCAGCACUGCGGAGGAAAAUGACUUGGAACAUCCCCCAACCAUCCCCAUAUGCAACAAAAAGAGACGGCCCAGGAAGAAGAGCCUGCGAGUCCAAGAAAGGGUCCCAGGAUUAGCAGUGCUGAUUCCGGAGGACAUGACUCAAAGUGGCCCCAGCAUUGAACGUGCUCAGGAGACUGCCACUUGCACUCCCCCAACAGGUGGCAUCCAAGUCCUGAAGAGGAAGCGGAAACUCGGAGCACUCCCUGUCAAUGGCAGCAGCCUGUCUAUGUUGACCUGGCCCCCACCGGGGAAGGAAAGCCCUCCAACCAGCCCAGGGGCAGGAGAAGAUGGCCACCCUGCCCUGGCCCAGGGUGUGAGACUAAAGAGGAAGAAGGGGGCACCCAGCAGCCUUGACCUGUAUGACUUAGCCAACCCAAAGAACGUUAUCUUGAAAAAGAGGAAGAAGAUGAAAGAGAUGCUGCACUUGGUGGAACACAAUGGAGUGUUGGAGACUGAAGUCAAGCAGAUCCACACACUGGGAAACAGUGGAGCAUUCAGCCCUUUGAAGAAGAAGAAGCUCAGGGCAGAAAAUGACUUUGUGAAGUUUGACACCCCCUUCUUACCAAAGCCCUUGUUCUUCAGGAAAGCUAAAAGUGCUGCUUCCAUCUCCUUUCUGAGCCCUACCGUCCAGUUAAACAAAACCCCUUCUAGCUCCAAGAAGGUCACCUUUGGGCUGAACAGAAACAUGACUGCAGAAUUCAAAAAGACAGACAAGAGUAUCUUGGUCAGUCCCACUGGCCCCUCCAGAGUGGCCUUCAACCCUGAGCAGAAGCCCCUCCAUGGGGUGCUGAAGACCCCCACAAGCUCUCCCUCCAACACUCCCCUGGCACCCAAGAAAAUAUUGACCACCCCUCCAAAGAGAAGACCAACCGCCAUGGAUUUCUUCUGA